AUGUAAUUAGAGAACAAUGGAGAUACUAAAUUUAUUGGUUCUCAUUGGAAAGAAUUAAUCCUCUUUAAUGAAUUGAUGGCUGCCGAGUCUUCUGGAAAAGACUCUCAAUUGUCUGUUUUUACUAUUGCUUUAUUGAGAGAUACUGGUUAUUAUGCCGAAGUAAAUGAAAGUAUGGCUGAUGAUUUUUAAUCGGGAAGAAAUAGAGGAUGUGAUUUUGUUCUUAAAGCUUGUUAAUCUGAUACUUAAUAUCCAGAAUUUACUUAAAAGAAAUAUUCUCCAGAUUAAUGCACUUCGAAGAAUAAUGGUUAUGGAAAAGUUAAAUAAAUUGAUUUAUAUGAUAAUUGUAAAACAGUACAAAAUACAUUUUAUUGUGAAGAUUCAGAUUUGAAUAAUUAUGUCAAUAAUUUUUCUUUUUAAUAUUUUGGAGUUAAUUCUAAAUGCUUAAAAUCUACUUCUAUUUAAGGAAAUAAUAAAUUUUAAUAUAGUAAUGCUCGUUGCCAUUUAGUCUAAUGUUCUCCUGAUUCAACUUAAAUUACGAUAACUUUUACUCAGUAAGCAUUAUAAUUAUUACUCUGUACAAAAUAAGAUUAAGGAAAAGAAAUUUAAGUCGUGAAAGGAUAACCAGAAUUUGGUUACAUUACUUGUCCUGAUAAUUAUAGAGAAUUUUGUAAUUAUACACCUGAAUGUCCUAAUUAUUGUUCUCGAAAAGGUAUUUGCAUACUUGGAUAAUGUCGAUGUUCAUCAAGGUGGUCGGGAGCUGAUUGUAAUAUUAGUUUAAAAAAUUGCCCUUAUUUUACUUUAGAGGAAGAUCCCUAAAAAUGUGUUUAAUAAUGUCCUUCAGAUAAAUUUCCAAAUCCUGAUAAAGUAUGUAGAAGUAACUGUCCUAAAAGUUUUUACUUUAGUAAUUAUAGAAAUGAUUGUGUGGAAUGUAAUUAUUAGUGUUUAUCAUGUUCUGGCCCUUCAAAAAAUUAAUGUCUAGAAUGCGGUAUUUCAAAAUAUUUAGAAGAAGGAUAAUGUGUAAAUUAAUGUAGCAGUAACUUUAUAUUAGUAAAUUAAAGAAAAUGUGUAAAAUCAGUAGAUUAAGGAUGUGAAUAAGAAUGUGAGAGAUGUGAUUCUGAAAACAAAGUAAUAUGCACUAAAUGUAAAGAUUAGUACUUCCUUAACUUAAAGACUGGUAAAUGUGUUGUUGCUAACAAUUGUCCUUAAGAAACAUUCGCUAAUGAGGAAAAUAACACAUGUUAAAUAUGUGAACUUACAGGAUGUAUAUAAUGUAUUUCUUAAACUGUAUGUUAAGUGUGUGAUGAAUAAUUAGGAUUUUUUAAAAAAGGUGAUUAAUGCGCUAAAUGUCCUUAAGGAUGUUAAAAAUGCUCAAGUGAUCUAUAGUCUUGUACUGUUUGUUAUAGUGGAUUAUUUUUAUAAGAAAGAAAUUGUGAUAUUGAUUGUCCUUCAAAUAAAUUUUAGGAUUAAAAAAAAAGAGAGUGUAUUCCAAUUUCUAUAUGUAAGAGGUUAUUUUUAUUUAUAAAAUAAAUGUAUAAAACAAUGUCCUAAAUAUACUUUUAAUGA